GUCAUUGUAGGUGGAAUUAUUUAGUUAGUUGAAGUGUAGGAACAGGCAGUUUUCUGUGUUGUCUCUGUCUUGCUUCUCCAAGAUGAAAUAAUAUUCAAAAUUUCCCCAACAUGUUGCAGAACUUUGAAAAACAUGUUUAAGAUAGGCAGAAAGAGUGCAGAUAAAAACAGUCUUUAAUUUCUGAGGUAAUCCUUGAAUUAUGCUCAGAACUUGUCCUUUUGGUAUUUACCACUUGUUUUCACAUUCAAGGUCAGUGCCUGUUCAGCAGGUUAUGCUUGUGUAGCAUUUGCGAAAGAGGGUUCUUCAAAGUCUCAAAUAUUUGUGUCAAUAUUUUUUGUCUUGUCUGAAAGAGAUAUCCAAAGAGACCUGCAUUUCUAACUGUGUUUGUGUUUCUGUAACUGCUGCUAUUCUACUUUCCUUAAAUUGCACGUCUGUCUCUAAUACAUUAUCAAAGCUACAUUUCAUGCUGUUUGCUGGUAUAAGAACAAGUAUGCAUUUCCUCCCACCUCUGUGCCUGCUUGCAUCCAGACUAAUAAAAAGCGUCAGUAAUCUCUUCUCUGACAUGUGAUGAUUAGACACUUAGGGCAGCAGUUAAAGUACAUUUUGUGUUUGUGUUCAACUGCUGCACUGUAUUUCCAGGAAGGGAAUUUGUCCUUGAGGAAGGAAUAGCUGAACUGAAGGUCCAGAGAUGUAAUUUUCUAUGUAGAAGGAUGGUAUUUUUUAGAAAGGCAUGAAGAGAGAGCAAUUAAAACUUCUGCAGUGUCAUGAAACAGAUGACAUAAAUUCGGAGAAUGGACAAGAUAUGAAUCUUCCUUUGUAUUUGGUGGGAGUUUCUGAAGAGAUUUUAUCAUCUCUUUAAAUACACCUAGGAUGCCAUGGCUUUUAAUAAGUUCAAUGUUCUCCACUGGCAUAUAGUAGAUGAUCAGUCCUUCCCUUACCAGAGCAUUUAUUUCCCUGAAUUAAGUGAUAAGGGGGCAUACUCCUCUAACCUCAUCUAUACUCCUACUGAUGUCCGUCUGGUGAUUGAGUAUGCCCGGUUAAGAGGCAUCAGAGUUAUCCCGGAGUUUGAUACGCCAGGACACACACAGUCCUGGGGAAAAGGUCAAAAAGAUCUUCUCACUCCUUGUUACAAUGGAGGACAGCCAACUGGGUCCUUUGGACCUGUAAAUCCCGUUUGGAAUACAACUUACGACUUCAUGACUAAGUUCUUUAAAGAGAUCAGCAGUGUAUUUCCCGAUGAAUUCAUUCAUUUGGGAGGAGAUGAAGUGGACUUCAAUUGUUGGAAAUCUAACCCUGAAGUGAAAGAGUUCAUGAAGAAGCAAGGUUUUGGCACUGACUAUGCUAAACUGGAAUCUUACUAUGUUCAGAACAUUUUGGACAUUGUUUCCUCCUACAACAAAGGACAAAUGGUCUGGCAAGAAGUGUUUGAUCACAAAGCGCAGCUGAAACCAGACACCGUAGUUCAAGUGUGGAAGGCAAAUAACUAUGCUCAUGAACUGAGCAGUGUCACUGGAGCUGGGUUCACUGCUGUCCUGUCAGCACCCUGGUACUUAGACUACAUAAGUUAUGGGCAAGACUGGAAGAAAUACUACAGUAUCGAACCACUUAACUUCCCUGGAUCUGAAAAACAGAAGAAACUUUUAAUAGGUGGAGAAGCCUGCCUAUGGGGGGAGUUUGUGGAUGCAACUAACCUGACACCAAGAUUAUGGCCUCGAGCAAGUGCUGUUGGGGAAAGACUCUGGAGCAGCAGUAAUGUGACCAACUUGCAGGAUGCCUACAAAAGGCUAACUAAUCAUCGAUGCCGCAUGCUCCGCCGUGGCAUAGCAGCUGAGCCAGUGUUUGUUGGAUACUGUGCCCAUGAAGCAAGAGGGCCAUAACUGCUGCAAAGACUUCUUGUGAACAGCCUGAAGUGCCUCUGGGGUAUGAAUAUGUACAUGUGGUUUUGUAUCUGAAUCAAGACUUAAAAUUUUCACUUUUAAAAUAAAAUUAUUUGACAGCC